CGGGGCUGAGGGAAGGCAGGGAGGGGGUCGGUGCCUCCCGCUGCCCCAUGGCCCUCGCUGAGGGGGCGGCCGUGCCCUACGCCGUGGAGCUGGGGCUCACCGUGCUCCACACGGCGCUCUACGCCGCGCUCUUCCUCUUCGCCUACCUGCAGCUCUGGCUGCUGCUCUACUACCGCGAGCGGCGGCUGAGUUACCACACGCUCUGCCUCUUCCUCUGCCUGCUCUGGGCAGCCCUCAGGACCACCCUGUUCUCCUUCUACCUGCAGAAUUCCCUGCAGGCCCUCCGCCUCCAGCAGCCCUUCGCCCACUGGCUCCUGUACUGCCUGCCCGGCUGCCUCCUCUUCUCCAGCCUCUGCCUCCUCAACCUCUAUUUCGCCGAGGUCAUAUUCAAAGUGAAAUGUGCAGCUGAAUUCAACAAGUACAAGGUUGUGUUGUACCUGGGCUCCAUCCUCACCAGCCUCCUGUUCCUCGUUGUGAAUUUAACCUGUGCGAUGCUGAUCCACGGCGAGGUCCCCGAGAAGCAGCUGAGGUGGACAGUCCUGGCCCGGGCUCUGGUCAAUGACAGCCUCUUCAUCCUCUGUGCCAUCUCCCUGGCCUGCUGCAUGUGCAAACUGGGAAAGAUGUCUUCAGCCAACGUCUACCUCGAGUCCAAGGGAACAUCUGUCUGCCAGGCUAUUCUGGUGGGAUCUGUAGUGGCCCUCCUGUAUUCCUCAAGGGCUUGCUAUAACCUGGUAGCUGUGGCCAUAUCUCCAGACAAUGUUCCUGGUCCUUUCAAUUAUGGCUGGGACAACCUUUCAGACAAGGUGCACGUGGAGGUGAGCAGCGAGGAGUACGUGGUGUUUGGAGUGGUCCUGUUCCUCUGGGAGCUGGUGCCAACCACUUUUGUGGUGCUGUUCUUCCGUGCUCAGAGACUGAGCCAGAACCUGACUCCAGCUGGGAUGGUCAACAGCCACAGCUACAGCUCCAGGGCCUAUUUCUUUGACAAUCCCAGACGCUACGACAGCGACGAUGACUUGUCACGGCUCGGGGCCAGGGAAGGAGGCUUGGCCACCCCUCAGUGCUCGGGCUUCUACGGCUCUCUGGCUGGCACCGACAGCGGGAGCGCCGCGGACAGCGCGCCCUUGCUCUGCGCCGCUGGCGGCUCGGAGACCAACCAGCACCACCACAGCUCCCACCCUGCCCCACAGAACUGAGGAGGCUCCCUCUCUUCCCAGAGUGGCACUCGUGUAUAGGAUUGUAACCUGGUUUUCCUCUUUUCCUCCUCUCCCCCCGAAGCAUCUAACUCAUGACACAAACAUUCCACUACCUGCCGCAGCUGCGCGCGGGACUGAGCCCAGGGCUGCAGGCAGUUAAGUCAGAGAACUGUGACUUUAAGGUACCAUGUAGCAAAGUGAAGCUGAACUCUCUGGAAGCUUUUUUUUUUUCCCUUGGUCUGGUCUUCAAGAUGUUGGCAGCUAAAUGCACCAGAGCUUCCUCACUAGAAAAGAAACAUCAAAUGCAUAUUUGCACUUUUAUCUGCACACUUGGAAGGAACGAAUCUUGCUCAGGCUGUGCUUGGCCUGAGACUGUUCUAGUUACUCUUUUAAUUGCACAUCCAGAGCUGGGAGAGGCACUGUCUUCCUGCAAAGACGUGUUCCCUGAAGGACUCUGCAUCCUGCCUCCCUGGGAGUGGGGAGCUCUGUCCAGGCAGGGCCCCCGGCGCUGGAUGCUGGAGUUUACUGUGCCAUAUUCCCACCUGGCAGGGCUGGGUGAGGCCUCGGGGCUCGGGAGGGGUCUUGCUCUGCCUGCUGCUCCCACCUGGCUGCUGCCCUGUCCUGCCUGGGUGAGGUCAGUGUUCCUGCUGGCCUCGUGGCAGAGGGACAGGGAGAGGCUGGAGCUGGCUCAGCAGGAGUGUGUGUGCAGGAACGUGUGUGAAUCCAGGGCUGCUGCACCCCCUGGGUGCUGGGAGCGGCCCUGCUCCCCCUCCUCCUUGCCCACAGUGGGGCUCCCCUCCUCCCCCUCAGUAUUAAAUUGCAUUUAGCAGAUAACCAAGAGUUUUAACCUGAAGUGAAUGUGAACUGCUGGGUCCCCACUGAGGUGCAGGGGGCUGCCUGUGGAACGUUGCUGUUGCAGAGGGAAGGGGCAGAAAGCGCAGGGAUCUGAUCCUUGGGCUCCUUGCUCUGCCCUCCCCGUGGAGCUGGGGCCUCCCAGAGCUGUGGAGUGCACAGGGUGGGAGUGCUGGGUCAGGCUGGGACAGGUCCCUCUGUCUUUCCUUAACCAAAAUAGCCAAGUUUGACCUGGCCUGGGCUCUUUGGAGAUGAGGCUUGGUGUUAUUCCUGGCUUGUCCCUGAGCCAGCUGUGGGGAUGAGCAGAGCAGCUUUGGAUAAAGGCAGCGGUGCACGGAGGGAGCUGCUCUGACCGUGGGGCAAAUCCACCUGGGGCUGGUGUUAACCUGCCUCGUGCUGCUCCAGCCCCGGUGUGACACUGGGGGACAGCGACUGCUGUGCUGGGACAACAGCCUGGGAGCCGGAGGAGCCCUUUCUGUGAGAGAAACCCCAGCCCUGGGGCAUCCUCACCCCUGGGGCUGUGCCCAGCUCGGGGUCACUUGUCCCACUGCCCCCACCCUGUCCCUGUGCUCACCUCCUGCACUCCUGCUGGCCCUAAAAGGCAGCAAGUCCUGCUUGUUGUUUUGGGGAAGGCAAAGAUGGCAACUCUCAGCACACCCCUUGCUCGAGUCCCUGACCCAGAGCUCCACCCUGGCUGCUCCCCUGUCUCCUGGCAGGAACAGGCUGCUCCAUCUCAAUCCCUGCUUGGCUUAUGGCAAAGCUGCUGAAGGGCCAGGCACUGUCACCCUUCCUUCUGCUCCCAUAAGUCUCCAAAGACAGCAAGUGACACUUGUGGCCCCUGUUCUUGCUUAAAUUCCAAAGCACUAGGAGCACUUUAAGUUUUACUUUGGAGGGAAAGGAGUGUAGUGCAAAAAAAAAAAAAAAAAAAUUAAAAAAAAUUUACAAAAUCCAAGGGCUACAGGCUCAUUGUUCCUCUUGCACUGAAGCACACACCCACACCACGAUCUUCCUGGAUUAUUUGGAUUAUUUGGGAUGGCAGGUCAGGGCAGUGAGCCUCGUUGCUGAUGGACCCCUGAGCGACUGGCCAAGCGUUUGGGUUUUACUCCUUUGUCCGCUGGAUUCCGAAGCGACCGCUCCUCCCGGGGCCGGUCCCGUGUUUUACUGAAGUCAUUUAUAGCUGACAAGUUACAAGGACUUUUUUAAUGCAUAGUUGCCUUUCAUUAAACUUUCUUUGGGGUUUUUUUGUUUUGGUUUUGGGGUUUUUUUGGGAUGGUUUAACAGUGUUCUGGCUUUGCAGGCGGGCAGCAGCUGCUGCCCCAGGAGCUGUGGCCAAUGAAUGUACCUAUUUGUUCUUCACUAAACUGUAACCAAGCACUACUCUGUUGAAAUAAAUUUUAAAAUAAAAGGACUUUCUGUGCUGGGAUGGCUCCCAGGGUGACCCAGCCAGCUCCA